UUGAACCGUUGGUAACAUUUUAACAUUACAAAUUUUUUGUUAGAAGAAAUGAAAUAAUUGUACUGAUAUUCCUACCAGAUUCAAUCAGUAUAUAUACAUUCAAAAUAUGCUCGAAGUUUUAAUUAAGGAUUAAAGGCAAUGCCGAGUCCUGCUCAAUGGCUUCCACUAGAAUCAAAUCCGGAAGUGAUUACAAAUUUUAUGCACAAAAUUGGUGUGGAGAAAGGAGUAGAAUGUGUGGAUAUAUACAGUUUUGAGGAUGAUAUAUUGGCUUUCAUACCACGACCGUGUUAUGCGGUUAUGUUGUGCUUCCCGAUGGUUGACAAGGUUGAUGAAAUCAUGCAACCUAUCUAUGAAAAAAUGAAAGAGGAAGGGAGCGUAGUACCAGACGGUAUCUUUUUUAUGAAACAAAAAAUAUCAAAUGCUUGUGGAACUUUUGCGCUGAUUCAUUCGCUUGCCAAUAAUCAAAACAAAAUUAAUCUUGGUGAUGGAUCACUGAAACAAUGGUUAGAUAAAGCAGUAUCAUUGGGUGUUGAAGAAAGAUCUGAUUCGUUGGCCGAAAACUCAACACUUGCGGAAGCUCAUUAUGACUGCGCUCGAGGUGGUGAGACCGAUUCGAGCGCGCCUAUUGACCAUCAUUUCAUCUGUUACCUUAACUAUGGGGAUAAACUGCUCGAACUUGAUUCUCGUGCUCCAUCUCCUCGUAUUUGUGGUUUGACCAGCGAUGCAACGUUCCUGAAAGAUGUUGGAAAUUCCUGCAAGACAUUGAUGAACAAAUUGGACAACAUAUCAUUUAGUGCGCUUGCUAUCGUUCGUGCGUCCCAUUAAUUGCUGUUCGGUUUUGUCUACUGUAUAAGCUUUUUGUGGCUUGCUUCAGUAUGUUAUUUUGUAAUUUCUCUUCCCUGCACAUAUCUUUAGCAAUUACAUUAUGAACUGAUUAUGUCAUCUUUUUGCACCAUUUUGCUUAUUUUUCGCUGUUAUUAUAACUGAUAAAUGCUAUUUGUGAC